GGCGCAGUUGGCGCACUGGCAACCCAGUGCCCAGCCCCCAGGGGCCCCGCACCACCUCACUGCCCACUCACACUGCCCGGGCGCAGGGCAGAGGGAGCCAUGCCUAGGGAGGCUGCAGAAGACAGCAUGGGAAGGGCUGAGGGUGCUGUGCCAGCAGAGCCCGGGGACCCCGACAGCAGUGAGCCGGGAGCCAUCAGCCUGUGCCCCGUGGAGUCCAUCAGCGACCUGCACUUGGCCUCGGGCGGGCAGAAGGGCACAGAGGGCAACGGCCCGGCUCCCUCCAGCAGCCUGCGCCGGCCUCCACCUCGGCCCGUGUCCCCCGUGCCCCCAGCACUACUGCCCACCCUGCGCCCCGUGCCCCCCGCCAGCCCCUGCCCCUGCCUUGGCCCUGGCCACCCCUUGCUGCUGGCUCUGCUGGUGCUCCUGGCACUGGCGAGCCUGGUCCUGGCCACGCUGGCCAUCUACCUGAGUGUCCUGCAGAGCCAGUCCGUGCGGGCGCUGGCCCAGUGGCUGGAGAGCCAGGAGGAUGCCGUGCACCAGCUGCGGGCAGCCAGCAGGCAACUCUGGGCUCGCCUCAACGCCAGCACCCAGCCCGGCGGGCACCGCUGAGCUGCUCCCAGCCCCACCACGGGCUCCAGGCCACCACAGGAAGGGGCAGCGAAGGGCAGGAGGGGGCAAUGGGCAGCCUUACCCGCUCAGACCUGGCAGCAUCGUCUCUCGGGGCACAGGGGCAAUCCCGGCCCCUGCCCCAGGCUGCGAGAGAACGGGACAGGGCUGUAAGGAUCGGCACCCGCCUCUGUGACAGCCCUUCCUCUUAACAAGGCAGAAGGCACCCUCCAAU